GUGCCGGGCGCCGAACUGGGCGAGAAGGGCGUCGAGGCCUCUCGGCCGGGCCGGGCUCCCCCGCAGCUGAGCGUCUUUUGUGAGGCUGAGGGGUGUCUCGGGUUUUGGCGGGAAGCGCCGCCUGAGGCGAGUUAAUGCCCGCUCGAGUUUCUGAUGCUUCUUUUCCUGAGGGAGGGACCGUUUCGAGGAGAGGGAGGCGGACGGGGAUGGGGGCGAGCACCCCGUUCCCCUCCCGCCGCCCUGAUCCUCCGCUUCCCAAAAUGGCGCCUCUCUCGUCUCCCCUCCCUUCCCCCGCGGUGAGCAGAGAAUGACAACAGCCAACGGCCGCUCUCCUACUGCCGCCCCGCCCCCGCACGAUGCGCUGGCCAAUCGGGAGCGAACGAAUGGCAGCGAGAUCCAAUGCGUGAGCCGGCUGCCAGAGUCGGAGGCGCCAGAGGGGCGGAAGGUGGAAGAGUGAUUGACACGAGUAUCGCCCAAUCGCAGGACGCGGUCGGCCGGCGUUCUAACCGGUGCGCUCUGUCUAGGCUGCGAACGGGCGUGGCUGGGCGGGAUGGUGAUGUCAGCCUGUCUCGCAGCCAAUCGAAGCACAGAGAGCGUCUAUAUAAGGGCGGUCGGGGGCAGGCCGACAGGCGCCAUUUCGUUACAGCGGAGGAAGGUUCUUGCCCGGGGUGCGAGCGAGCGAGGGAACCAGCGCGAGUGCGGGGAAGAGGGGGCGGACUCUAUCCGGAGACAUCCUCGCCGGCGGGUCCCAAUCGCCAGCCGUCGUUGUAGCCAUCAUCUCGGAUCCUCCUCCCGGCUUCCGUAGCGGUGGCCGCCCCCGUCCGUCCCACCCUCCAGGGAGAGCCAGCCAGCCGAGGCUAGUAGUCCCCGUACAAUCCAGUGCCAUCCGUGGCUCCGCCCGCGACGACAAGCCCGGCUCCCGGAGCUUCCGGACGCGGCGGCUCCCGGGACUCCGCAACGUCCUGUAUUUCGUGCCCGCUGCAGGCCGGGGUCCCCCGAGGCCUCGCGAGGGGGACGCUGCCUGCGGCGCCUCGCAGCUGCGGAGGCCGCCAUUUUCUGAGCCUUUGCGCCGCUUUGCCGACCGAGGAGCAGCGGGAGGAGGAGGACCCGGCGCUUCCGCCCCCCGCCAUGCAGUAGCCCCUCCCCGCGCCCAGCGCGCCCCUCCGUCCGCCCCCCCGCGAUGCGCCUGUGAGCCGCGCGCCCAGCAAGGUGGGGGGCUUCCCCGAGGCCACGGAGGCGCCGGCGGCGGCUGCAGCAGCGGGACCCUCCCGAGAGAGAGCCGGGGCCCCGGGCGGCGGCGCGGCGGGCAUGUUGCAGAACGUGAAUCCCAACGGCAAGCUGCUCGGCGAGGGCAAUGCGGGUCUCGUGGGCCUGGCAGCGGAGUCCACGCCAGGGAAGCGGAUCCGCAAGCCGUCACUGCUCUACGAGGGCUUUGAGAGCCCCACCAUGGCAUCUGUCCCGGCCCUCCAGCUGGCCCCCGCCAACCCGCCCCCUCCCGAGGUCUCCAACUCCAAGAAGCCGGGCCGGGUGACCAACCAGCUGCAGUACCUCCACAAAGUGGUGAUGAAGGCACUCUGGAAGCACCAGUUCGCCUGGCCCUUCCGCCAGCCAGUGGAUGCGGUCAAGCUGGGUCUUCCGGACUAUCACAAAAUCAUCAAGCAGCCGAUGGACAUGGGUACCAUCAAGCGGCGGCUGGAGAACAGCUAUUACUGGAGUUCUGCUGAAUGCAUGCAAGACUUCAACACAAUGUUCACCAACUGCUACAUCUACAACAAGCCAACAGAUGAUAUUGUGCUGAUGGCCCAGACGCUGGAGAAGAUCUUUUUGCAGAAAGUGGCCCAGAUGCCUCAGGAGGAGCAGGAGAUUGUCAUCACUGUGGCGAAGAAUAGCCACAAGAAGGGAGCGUCUCGGGCUGCAGCGCUCCUGGCAGCAGCCAGUGCCGCUGCCCAACAAGUUCCGGCCAUCUCCUCUGUGUCCCACGCCGGGUUGUUCUCCACCAGCACAGACAUACCCACCACGGUCAUCAGCAUCCCCCACCCCUCUGUCAUCACCACCCCACUCCUCAAGCCGCUGCACUCCGCUGCUGCCUCCCAGCCGGUCCUUGCUGUGCCUGCGCCCACGCAGCCCGUGACCAAGAAGAAAGGCGUAAAACGGAAAGCAGAUACCACAACUCCUACUCCUACGGCCAUCAUUGCCACUAGUGGGGGGGAGUCUUCUCCCUCCGCUGCCGUCUUGGAGGCCAAGGCAGCCAAGAUUCCUGCCCGGCGGGAGAGCGGACGCCCCAUCAAGCCCCCCCGGAAAGACCUGCCAGACUCCCAACAGCACCAGACAUCCAAGAGAGGCAAACUUUCCGAGCAGCUCAAGUACUGUAACGGCAUCCUCAAGGAGCUCGUCUCUAAGAAGCAUGCGGCCUAUGCUUGGCCCUUCUACAAGCCCGUUGACGCUUCUGCACUGGGUCUCCAUGACUACCACGAGAUCAUCAAGCAUCCCAUGGAUCUCAGUAGCAUUAAGCGCAAGAUGGAGAACCGGGAAUACCACGAUGCACAGGAGUUUGCUUCUGAUGUGAGGCUGAUGUUCUCCAACUGCUACAAGUACAACCCUCCUGACCACGAUGUGGUGGCCAUGGCCCGUAAGCUGCAGGAUGUCUUUGAGUUCAGCUAUGCCAAGAUGCCUGAUGAACCCCUCGACAUCAACCCCCCCUCCACAUCACUCCCACAGCCAGGGCUUCUGAUGAAAUCCUCCACGGACGACUCCUCCAGCGAGGAGGAGGAGGAGGAGGAGGAAGAGGGGGAUGAAGACGAGAGCAGCAGCGAGAGCUCGUCGGACACUGAGGAGGAGAGUUCGGAUUCUGAGGAGGAGCGAGCUAAUCGGCUAGCUGAGCUGCAGGAACAGCUGCGGGCAGUGCACGAGCAGCUUGCAGCCCUCUCCCAGGGACCUGUUUCUAAGCCCAAGAAGAAGCGUGACAAGAAGGAGAGAAAGAAGAAGAAGAAGUCGGAGAAGCGCAAAGUUAAAGCGGGAGAUGAGGAGGGCCGUGCUCACCAAGUCCAGCUGAAGAAGUCGAAGAAAGCUGGUUGUGGGGGCAGCGGCAGCAAGAACACAAAGAAGUCGGGCUCCAAGGCUGCUGCUCCCCCAGUUCCUGUGCUGUUUGACUCAGAGGAGGAAGAGGAGAGCAAGCCCAUGAGCUACGAUGAGAAGCGCCAGCUCAGCCUGGACAUCAACAAGCUGCCGGGGGAAAAGCUGGGCCGGGUUGUCCACAUCAUUCAGUCACGAGAGCCGUCCCUGCGGGAUUCCAACCCAGAGGAGAUAGAGAUCGACUUUGAAACUCUCAAGGCGUCCACGCUGCGGGAGCUGGAGCACUACGUCCUGUCCUGCCUACGCAAGAAACCUCGCAAGCCGUACAGCGAAACCCUGAAGAAGCCGGUGGGCAAGACGAAGGAGGAGCUGACGCUGGAGAAGAAGCGUGAGCUAGAGAAGCGCUUGCAGGAUGUCAGUGGGCAGCUGAACUCGGCCAAGAAGCCGCCCAAAAAAGCCAGUGAGAAACCAGAGUCUGCCCAGCAGGUGCCCAUCUCCCGCCUGAGCGCCAGCAGCUCCAGCUCUGACUCCAGCAGCUCCAGCUCCUCCUCCUCCUCUUCGGACACAAGCGACUCUGACUCCAGCUAGGCAGGCGUGGGGCAGCCGAGAGACGGGCAGGUGGGGAGGGAGGCCCCGCGAGGUCCGGAGCGGUUCUGCAGGAUCGGAACCAGGAAGAGCGAGACACGCGAGUGGCUCCCUUCUGGGUCAGCACAGGAAGGCUCAGCAGCUGGCUCCCCUCUUCUCCCCACUGGACCCUGAUGGGGCAGGAGCUGGUCCCCAGCCGCAUUUGUGCUUUGGCUGGAGGAGGUGCUCUGACUCUGUACAGUUUGCGCUAGGCGGGAGGCUGCGUUGGACUCGUGGGGUUGACUCCAGAAGCCUUGUAGUUUUUAUCAAGCAUUUAGCAAGUUUGAGUUCUGUGACGCUCCUUCUCUGGAGGGACAGAGACUGCCUGGGGCGGAAGGUGCCCCCGAUGCUCCGGCUUGGAGCCCCCCUCCCCUGCGGAGAUGAGACUCUUUGGGGGGAGAAGUUGCCUCCUCUUACUUGCCCGGUGGCACUCGAGGUUCUUUUAUUUAUUCCCCCCUCCCCCCAUCGUUGGCUUUCCUGGGAUCUGGAGUGAGUGCAACUGUGUAUGUCCUUGGCACAAUCGAGACCGCAUGUUCUUUGCCCCUCAAGGGAGGCUGCUGAAAUGAAAGAGGAGGAGAGGCGGCCCUCUUGAGUUUUUUACGUUGACUGUAUAUUUUUUUCUACCGUUUCUUUUAUUCCCACUUGUUCAUCUUCUAGGGCUCUGUUUCAUCUUACUGUAUGUUAAAUCUUCUGGUUCUUUAACAUGUAAAUAAAAAAAAGGUACAAACUGG